AGUAUACAGUGGCUCAAAAGUUUCGGCGCCUCCCUCGCUGCUUGCCUUAGCCCUUUCCUGCCCGCCCACCUUCCACGCAGAAGGGCCGCCAUGGAUGCAGAACGCAAUCUGCGGCGGAAUCUACGUUCGCACAGUGCCGUUGUAGCACUGCUGGCCGCAUGUGGCGCGCCAUCCGUGCUGGCUGCGGCUGGCGGCCCUCCAAAAUUGGAUCUGCACGUCGAGAUCGAGAGACUGCGGAACGAGGUGCAGCACGAGGAGCAACGGACGCAGGCCAUAUUAGACAGCACCGCAGCGACGAGGACGGAGCUGAUGCAGGUGAACGCGUCUCUGGCCGCAGUGCGGCAGAAGCUGCGGGAGGCCAGGGAGGAGGCGGACUGGCGCAGAGAAUGCACCGGCGAGGUUCGGCUGCUGUGCUGGCUCGAGAGCCUGCCACAUCAAAGAGCCCUCGCGGCCGCCGCCGGCCUGAUCGGCGGCUUCGCGCUGCUCGGGCCACCCGGCCUCCGGGUCGCGUUCUCUGCAGCUUGCGGUUCCGCGCUGGGUUCCAUGCUCUUCCUCGGGUGUGCCCUCACGGUGUGGGCGACGGUUGCGCCCGCCGCGCCGUCCGAGGCGCUGCUCCCCUUGCCGCUGCAGCUGGGGCGGCUGCUGGCAGGGGGCGCCCCUGCACCUUGCUACUGGGCGUGGCUGGCGCUGCUGGCCUGCAGCCUGCUCCCGUGGGUGGGCACCCACGGCCGACGCCGUGGCACAUCCCGGGCUGCCUCCAAGGUGCCGCCAGCCAAGGCCUGCCAGCAUACCGAGGGCGACCCCGCCGCCGGCUCCGCCCGGGGCGACCCUGGGCCGCGGGAUCACCUGCAGGCAGGACCCGGCCCCCCGGGCGCGGGCGUGGGGCCCCUGCCGCCGGAGCCGGGCGCCGGCGGCGACGACUGGGAGCGGCCGGCGGGCGCCGGCAACAGUCCGGACCGCCCCGCCGCGGGCGGGGCCGGGCGCGCCGGGGCCUCGUGGGCGCCGCGGCACGUGGAGGGGCCGGUGCAGACUGCGCGGCGGGGGUCCUUCGGAGGCUCCGUGGCCAGGAUGCUCCGCUGCAGCGCCCGCGGGCGACGCCCCGAGGCGGCGGCGCCGUGAGCGGGGGGCUCGGCGGGGCAGUGCCGCCGCAGGAGGGGGCCUGCGCGUGGCCGUGCAGCCGUGCUGUCGGGCCGGUGCGGUGGGGCUCGUGGCGUGCGGGCGCCAAGGGCUGCACCAGCGCGGGCGUGCAAGGCUGCGGCCUUGGGAGCGGCCGAUGCCGAGCGCUCUGCGCGGUCGGAGUGCCGCGCGCGGUGUCCGCGGCCAGUGCCCCGGUCGUCACGGCACGGAGUGGCCGUUCCAUGGCGCAGUGGGCUCACACCAUGCGAGCGUUGAUAGGGACGGAGGCCAUCAGCAUGGAGUUACUGUGCUGCGAGACA